AAAAAUUUUCUACAAUUAUAUGUGAUUAGAGUAGCAAUAAACAAUAUUUUUAUUACAGCGGUUUAUUGUGUACUCCAGAAAAAAACUCAAAGUACAUAUGAAAUAAUAUUUCAAACAAUAAUGUCUAAAUGUCAGGAAAGGGAUUUAUUUCCUGAUCCAUUAUAUAUAUACAUGGAUUUCGAAAAGUCUGCUAUGACCGCGGUUAAGAGUAUCAUUGGGGAUCACAUCGUAAUUAGAGGAUGUUUUUACCAUUUGUGUCAAAGUACACAUAGAAAAAUUCAGAAGCUGGGUCUGGAAAGCGAAUAUAGGACGGAUGAAACUCUAAGUUUUUUUUGUGGCAUGAUGGACGGCUUAGCAUUCGUUCCGUUAUGUGAUAUGGAUAAUGCAAUGACAUUCCUUAGAUCAGUUACUCCGAGCAAUGGUAAGGACAUUCUCGAUUAUUUCGAUAAAAAUUAUGUCAAUGGAGUAUCAAGGAAUGUCAUGAGAAGCAAUUCUCAAUCCCAAACACGUCGAAUUGAGCCUCGAUUUCCUCCAGAAACCUGGAACGUGAAUCAGAGUACUCUCUCAGAUGAAGAACGAACAAAUAAUCAAUGCGAAGGUUGGAAUCAUCGUUUUUCUAAUCUGGUUGGUAAUAAACACCCAUCAAUCUGGGUACUCAUUAAAAAAAUGAAAUGCGAGGUGGCUGCCGACGAAACCAAACUUGAAAGAUGGCGCGUAGGUAGUUGGACAUCUAAAACAAAAUCGCAGAGUUCUAACAACCAGAUUCGGCUAAAGAAACUUUGCGAAGAAUACCGUGAUGGGGUGCGAAGCCUUCCGGAUUUUAUAAGAGCGAUAUCCUUCAAUAUUCGAUGUCAACCAAUAUAA